GGCUGAUGCAAGUAAAUGAAAGGUUAAUUUAGGGUCAUUUUUUAGAUAGGACUUGCAAGUUAAAUAUGAACUGUGAUCUUAUCUUACAGACAUUAGAUAGGACUUGCAAGUUAAAUAUGAACUGGGAUCUUAUCUUACAGACAUAGUAUCAUUCUAAUAUACUUAUGCUUGAUGAACUUGAUCACAUACUCAAAAGAUUCUCAGAAAAUGGAGUUAAAAUAUUUCUUUCUGUUUCCAGGUCCACAUGUCUAUAUUACUGUGAAUGAAGUUGAUGAGAUGGUCUACCAUUGUGACACAUGCACAGACACUUUCUCAAAUAAGUUUCAUUUUGCAAAACACAUGAGAGAUCACCAUGGUGAUAACCCUUACCGUUGUAAUCAAUGUGAACAAAGGUUAAGAUCAUUAUAUCACUGGAGCCAGCAUAUGAUGCGGCACAGGGGAGAAAAUCACUAUGAGUGUAAAACAUGUGGGAAAAAAUUACGUACUUUAGGCGGAUUAGUUCAACAUGAAGAACAAAUACACUCAGGUGUCAGGAAGUUCAUGUGUCAGCUAUGUGGCAAAAGAUUUGGGAAAUUAGACCACCUGACAUUACAUGAAAGUCGCCAUAGCAACACAAAGUCACACAAAUGUUCUAUAUGUGGAAAGGGAUUCCAACAUAAGUCAUUGAUAACCAGACACAUGUGGAACACUCAUAAGCAUUCGUUUAUGUGUCAGUCAUGUGGGGCAAGAUUUUCACAGAAAGAACAUCUUAAAACUCAUGAGAGAAUCCAUACUGGUGAGAAGCCAUAUCGAUGUAUAGUUUGUGGUAAAGGAUUCACACAGUCAGCAUCUCUGCAAUGUCACAAUAAAACCUGUAGCAUCCCUGAAGAUACAUAAAGAUUGCAUUCAUAAUAGGAGUCUCAUUAGAUAUGUUCUCAUAGGCUAACGCAUAAUAUUAGCAAUCGAAUGCUUGUUGUUGGUGUUGCUUGACUGUUUAGUAUUAAAAGGCACAAUUCUGGAUAAAUACUCAAGGGUACACAGAUUGAGCUCAGUUUGUAAAGAUCUCUGUCUGUUUAUGUCCAUAGUGAAGUAUUAUAAGUUAUUGAAUGAUUUGAAGUGCAAUACAGGAUAUAUUAUGUUCGAGAAAGUUUGUAUUGGAACGAGACGAAGUCAAGUGCCAAUACAGAAUAUCGAGACAGAAUAUAUCCUGUAUUGCACUUCAAAUCAUUCAAUAACGUUUUUAUCGUGUGAUCCUCUGUAUUGCUACUGAGAUUGUCCCCUCCGUACCAAUAUUUUCUGUAUUGCGAGUGAGAUGAUCAACAGGGACAACCUUAGUAGCAAUACAGAUUGGUACAGCACAAGAACUGACCAAUCAGAGGGCUUCAUUUUACAGAUCAUACGAUAAAUAUAUAUACAUGUUUUGUAACAUAUGUAUGUAUAUUGUCACAUAUUUAUUUAAGAGAAAUUUUAUUUUGACAAAUCAAUUUCACCUUUUAUUGGUGAAGUUUCAUGAUCUUCUAUUUGUGUUAAAUUGGAAAAAUUAAUUUACCUAUCAAGCAUUAGUACAAAACGUGGUCUCAUGAAAUGUAACAGUUUGGACUU